UGCUUUUUCCUUUUUCUCUUUUUGUAGAGAUUGAGUCAUUGCUGCCUUUUCGAUUUCCUCGCAUUUAUAGAGGGGCAGCCCCAAAACCCUCUAUAUAUUUCGAAUAAGCCAUCGUUGAUUAUUUGAGAAAACCUGUUUCAAGAAUUGAAGCAUGGAUUUCUCAAUUGAUGAAUCGCCGGCUGCCAGGUCUCUUGGUUCGCUGUUUAAACUCACAGAAGUUCACUUAUGGGACGAUGGCUCAACUGAAGAGCGAGAAUCACCUUUUCUGCCAGAACCCAUUAAACUUAUCAACGGCGACAAGGACUGUGAAGAAAACGACUAUGCAGGUCUUAAGGGGUUCUGUUCAUUACCCGAAGAUGUAGAACUAGCCAAAACAUUGAAUGAUUUGGGACUUCCACUAUCUUUCAAUACUAACAAGGAGAAAAGAAAUGGAAGGACUAGUGGGAAAAGGAAAGGCAGAAGAAAGAAUAGUCAACAAACUCCAAGCGAAAUUGAUGACUACAUGCAAGAUUUGACAACAGUGAGUGAGCUGGAUAGUAGAUCUCCAGCUCUUUUACGUAAUACCUCCGAAAUUCUAGAUGGAAGAGAAAUUCUGAUGCAUGGAAAUGUAGCAGACUUGGAAGGUUUGUCUAACCUGUCUCUUGAACGGGGUGAUUCAGUGACUUCCACUGCAUGUACCAACACCUGCAGCAAUGAACAUGACUAUAAUGGUGAAGUAUCUGAUCUUGGAUGUGAUCAUAGUUUAGGUCGCAUCUCUGGACUUGGCAACCCUAUAUUGGAUGAAGCUGAGUCCACCCCUUGCACAAAUGAGAUGAUGACCACCGCUCCAUGUCUAGAUGGUGGAACUUCAGAAGAAAGCUGCCUCAUAAAUGAGGUUGCUGAUUGUGAUGGGAAGGAAAAACAAGAAUUGGACUCUGUUCAUCUAGAGACCCUUAUGCCAGUGGACCAUGAAGCUGAAGGCCAAUCAAAUAAUAUGAGUCUUCAGGUGAUACAAGAUUCUGAUGUUGCAGCAUAUGCACAUUUGUCUGAACUGGCAAAUUUUAAUGUGAUUGACAACCAUCAAACUGGGGACAGUGGAGAAUGGGUAGCAUAUUGGGAUGAUUUUCACAUGAGAACCUACUUCUAUAAUGUCAAAACAGAGGAGUCUACAUGGGACCCUCCUUCAGGAAUGGAACACCUUGCAUAUGGUGAUAUUGUUGACCCUCCUUCAGGAGUGGAGCACCUCGCAUAUGUUAACAUCACUGACGAGCCAAUAAAUAUAGUUGAUGAGCCAAUAAAUACAUCGGAUGAGCUGGCUGAAUUAGAUAAUGAUCAAAGGGAUUUCAGGAAGUCCGAUGAGGCUCAGGUUUCUUGUGAUCUACAACUUCACUGCAACUUGACUGAAGAUUUGGGAAAUUAUAACCAGUCAUUAAGUCAACAUUUGGAUGAGGUUGCAGGAAAUUGGCUUUCAGCUGAUAAUGUCACUAGCACCAAUUCUGCAAAAAGGAAAAAGAAACUUAGAAGAACGAAAAUUAACAGGAAAUUAUCCAUUUCCAGUGAAGAGCUUGAAGGAGUUUUGCAAGGAGUUCCACCAAGUAUUAGCAAAUACUGGUGUCAAAGAUACCUAUUAUUCUCCAAAUUUGAUGAUGGCAUUAUGAUGGAUGAAGAAGGAUGGUUUUCUGUUACCCCGGAGCCAAUAGCCAAGCAUCAUGCAGCUCGUUGUGGUGAUGGUGCAAUAGUUGAUUUUUUCACUGGAGCGGGUGGGAAUGCAAUUCAAUUUGGACGACGGAGCAAACAUGUGAUCGCAAUUGAUAUUGAUCCAAAGAAAAUUGACUAUGCACGGCAUAAUGCUGCCAUCUACGGAGUUGAAGACAACAUAGAUUUCAUAAAGGGUGAUUCUUUUUCUUUGGCUCCUACAUUAAAGGCGAACACAGUUUUUAUGUCACCACCUUGGGGAGGUCCCAAUUAUUCCAAAGUAAAGAGAUUUGAUAUCAGCACUAUGCUUAAGCCACAUGAUGGGCAAUUUCUCUUCGAGGCUGGAAAGAGAAUAGCUCCCAAGAUUGUCAUGUUUCUCCCGCGAAAUGUCGAUAUAAAUCAAUUAGCAGAACUAUCUUUAUCAGCCACUCCACCAUGGUCUUUAGAGGUGGAAAGGAACUUCUUAAACGGCAAAUUGAAGGCCGUCACAGCCUAUUUUCUUGAUCCCAACAUGACUUGGUUGCCUGAGUAUUCCAUGGACGAUGUCAGAGUCCACUGACCUCGUGGGCUUGAUUUCUUCAGUGGGAUCUCUGUUGAAACUCGAUGAACGUAAACAAGAUCCCGGGCUCUGUAUGUCGUAGAAUUGUACGGAGAAAAUGAAAAUUUUAGAAAUAUGUCUUCUGUGUAUGUAAAUAUUGAUAUAUAUAAACAUUGAUAUUACAGCUUUAGCUUUAGUCAUACCUUUUCUGAUUGCAUGUAUUUGGGAAAGCAUGUGUAAGAGCUCAACCAUUUGGUUAGAUCUAGUGAGAGCAAUUACAACUACAUUGUAAGUACCUAACUUACUGAUAAUGUUAAGGUGGAUUGUUGUGCACAGACAACAACUCUUGUAAUUAGUUUACUUCCAGAAAUGUGUCAAGUUGUUGGCAGAAUGAUGAGGUCAAAU